AAUAAAUUGAGACUUUUUUGCUUGUCUUAUGGAAAUAUAAUACGCCGAGUAAACAUUUAACAUAAAGAAUUAUGAAUAUUUUUUUCUUUGUCCUUUUCGUUGUGAUGUUGAUGUUAGAUAACUUCAUAUUGCUCGAGAGUAGCUUAAUAUUCUGGUGAACUUCGUUCUGGUCCCAGUAUGGAUUUAAAGUUUUUAUCUAAAGCCAGAAGUUUUAUCAUAUAUAGGAUAAAGAUAAAACUCAAGGAGGGCCGAUGACCUUGAAACCUUCAGAUAAUUAUAUAUAUUCAAAAUGCGCAGUCGUAUGAAUGUAGGAGUUGUAUGUUUCGGAUUAUGUUUGUUUAUGGUGAUUUUUCUAAGCACGAGGAGGACAAGUCACGUGGCGUGUCCGACUCUCGUGGCUGAUGAGCCACGCUAUCACGUGCCAAUAUAUUUACGAAAUGUGAAAGAGAAUGAUGACAAACAUUCUGUCGUGCUGCACAAGACUCUGAAAGAUGAAAGGAACAAAUUGUCCAAGGAGUUAAAUGAGCAACGCCGCAAACUUGGUCAGCAGGAGUGCGAAAGAGAUGCAAAUCAACACACAAAUACCGCGGGAGGCUGGUGUCGAAAUUCAAGCAUGGAAGAUGGAGGUCAGCACAUGACAGAUUUGCCGCUGGUAAAAGGCUUAUCAGAGUUCCUCAGAGGCAAAACAGUCGGAAGUUUUGGGGAUGGACCAGGUGCCUAUAAACGGGAGAUGUUGAAAUUAAAUCAAGUAAAACUCUACGAUGCGUUUGAUGGCGCACCAUUCUGUGAGGAAACAAGUAAAGGUAUGGUGACGUUUAUGGAUCUGACAGUCCCACAAUAUGGUAUACCAAUGUACGAUUGGGUGCUUUCUUUGGAAGUAGCGGAACAUAUCCCUAAAGAGUUUGAGCCGGUUUAUAUUGAUAACCUGGUGCGACAUAGUAGGGAAGGAAUUAUUAUGAGUUGGGCUGUGCCAGGGCAAGGUGGAUUGGCACACAUUAACAACAGACCUUUCUCUUAUGUCACUGAUCUAAUGGAAUUUCAUGGAUUUAAGUAUGACAAUAGUUCAUCUCAAGACUUGAAAUUAAAAUCCUCUUUUCAAUGGCUGAGAGAAAAUGUGAACAUUUUUAGAAGAGUUAAAUCUAACUCCACGUUUCUAAAAUUUAUUGGAGAAUGGUAUUCAUAAAAUUCCACGUAAGACGAAAGAUGGAAUAUAUAGUAACAGAAAUGAACAUUUAAGUUUGAUGUAAAAUUUAAAUGUUAUAAACACAAACCAUGUCUAAUGAGCGAUUUGUAAAUUGAGAGAGUGAACGACUGUCCAUUUAACAAAAAGGAGAAGACUAGUUCUGGAAUACAUUUCAUGGUAUUAAAAUGCUUAGCUUAAGUCUUGAUGUGCCUGACAAGUUUACGCAAUGAACUGUCAACUGUCUUUUUAAAACAAUGUAUUGAUGGCGGUAUAAUCCUAAUUGGCAUAUCAGUUGCUUAUUUCAGAACAAUUACUAAAUUCGACUAUACAGGCCCCUAGAAGUGACGUUCUGUACACAGUUUUAUCGUUGUUCAGAAUUUCAUAUCAUGCAUACCACAAACUUCUUCUUGGACGUGGGAAGCGAGAACGUCCGCCGCAGGGACUAACCGAUAUCUGAACGACCUGUGAUAUAAAUUGAAUGGUAGAAGGGUUUUAUUUUGUUAUGGUCACUAUGAGUUCCACUUUUGAUAUUAAAAUGUAUCACUGUC